GGCCGGCGCCGGCUGCUGGCGCCUCUUCGCCCCCGUUGCCGCUAGUGGCUGCUGUCGCUCCGUGAAGCCCAAGGAGACCGCGGCCAGAGCGUCCACCGCCCAAGAUGGUGGUUCCUGUGUCUCCUCUCCCACCCACGGAGCAGGAAUAAACUGUUCAGGCUGAGAUGGAUGGGCCCUGUUAGCCUGGUGGGCUGCCCCCAUCCCGCCUCCCCAUCAACUCCUCUUGUCAAGGGAGGUGCCUCUGUGUGGGGGGGGAGGCAGGGGGGCAAGAGCAUUCAGGUGGGGGUUGGGAGUUCCUUGCUCAGAGAGCAAGGAUGGUGCCCCCAGGGAAGAAACCAGCGGGAGAGGCCUCCAACUCCAACAAGAAGUGUAAGCGUUACUUCAACGAGCACUGGAAAGAGGAGUUUACCUGGCUGGACUUUGACUAUGAGCGGAAGCUGAUGUUCUGCCUCGAGUGCCGCCAGGCCCUGGUACGGAACAAGCAUGGCAAAGCCGAAAACGCCUUCACUGUGGGCACUGACAACUUCCAGCGCCACGCCCUGCUGCGCCACGUGACCUCAGGAGCCCACCGCCAGGCUCUGGCUGUCAACCAGGGCCAGCCCCCUUUUGAGGGCCAGGCUGAGGGCGGAGAGGCCUGCACAGGCCUGACUACGACCCCCGCCUCCAGGGGCGUCAAGGUGGAGGUAGACCCGGCCAAAGUGGCUGUGCUGACUACCGUGUACUGCAUGGCAAAGGAGGAUGUGCCCGACGACCGCUGCUCUGCCCUGCUCGAGCUGCAGAGGUUCAACCUGUGCCAGGCACUGCUGGGCACAGAGCAUGGCGAUUACUACAGUCCCAGGAGGGUGAGGGACAUGCAGGUGGCCAUUGCCAGUGUCUUGCACACAGAGGCCUGCCAGCGCCUGAAGGCAUCCCCAUAUGUGGGGCUGGUGUUGGACGAGACCAGAGACUGGCCGGAGUCACACAGCCUGGCCCUGUUUGCCACUUCGGUGUCCCCCUGUGAUGGCCAGCCUGCCACCACCUUCCUGGGCAGUGUGGAGCUACAGGAGGGCGAGGCCACUGCUGGCCAGCUCUUGGACAUCCUGCAGGCUUUCGGCGUAUCUGCACCCAAGCUGGCCUGGCUCAGCUCAAGCCUCCCCAAUGAGCGCCUGGGGAGUGUGGGCCCACAGCUCCGGGCCACUUGCCCACUGCUGGCAGAGCUGCACUGCCUCCCUGGCCGCACAGAUCCUGAGCCCCCCGCCUACUUGGGUCAAUAUGAGAGCAUAUUGGAUGCCCUAUUCCGCCUCCAUGGUGGUCCUAGUUCCCACUUGGUCCCUGAGCUCCGGGCAGCACUGGACCUUGCAGCUAUUGACUUGGCAGGGCCUCGGCCAGUGCCCUGGGCCUCCCUGCUGCCUGUUGUGGAAGCAGUGGCAGAGGCCUGGCCUGGCCUGGUGCCCACCCUGGAGGCUGCAGCCCUUGCCUCACCUGUGGCGGGGUCACUGGCCCUGGCCCUGCGCCAGUUCACCUUCGUGGCCUUCACCCACCUGCUGCUGGAUGCCCUGCCCUCUGUGCAGAAGCUCUCCCUUGUCCUGCAGGCAGAAGAGCCGGACAUGGCCUUGCUGCAGCCCCUGGUGAUGGCGGCUGCGGCCUCCCUCCAAGCUCAGCGCGGCUCAGGAGGGGCCCGCCUCCAGGGCUUCCUGCAGGAACUGGCAUCCACGGACCCUGACACCAGCAGCGGGCGCUGCACCUACCGCGGCGUGGAGCUGCUCGGUUACUCAGAGGCUGCGGUCCGGGGCUUGGAGUGGCUCCGGGGGUCCUUUCUGGACUCCAUGCGGAAGGGCCUACAGGACUCCUACCCCGGGCCUUCGCUGGACGCCGUGGCCGCCUUCGCGGCGAUCUUCGACCCCCGCCGCUACCCUCAGGCGCCAGAGGAGCUGGGCGCGCAUGGCGAGGGGGCGCUGCGGGUGCUGCUGCGCGGCUUUGCGCCUGCCGUGGUGCGCCAGCGGGCACUAGGGGACUUCGCGCUGUUUAAGCGCGUGGUGUUCAGCCUUGGGCGGCUCGGCCCGCGGGCCCUGUGCACUCAGCUGGCGUGCGCGCACUCGGAGCUGCACGAGCUCUUCCCCGACUUCGCUGCCCUAGCCGCCUUGGCUUUGGCGCUGCCCGCGGGCGCUGGCCUGCUGGACAAGGUCGGCCGCAGCCGGGAGCUGCGGUGGUGGGGGCAGAGCGGGGUCGGGGAAGGCCGGGGGGGCCACGUGGUGAAGAUCGCAGUGGAUGGGCCCCCGCUGCACGAGUUUGACUUUGGGUUGGCUGUGGAGUUCUUAGAGAGUGGGUGGGGAGAGGGCUUCCUGGGGUCGCAGCUCACCUGAGGGUGGCCUCCUUCUCUCGGCCCAGCCAGCCUGGGGCCCUUAGGGCCAACCUAGACUUGACCAUGCUGCACCCAAGAUGAUCUGCUGACUGUGGCCUCCCAGGGGCCUGAGGCCACCCACCCACCCUUCUGGAGCUUCCCACCAACCCCACCCUGUAGGCUGUGGAGGAAGGGACUGGUUCAAGAGGGGCCUGGGUGGGUGGGCAGAGAUGCUAGGAUCUGGGGCACCCUAAAUCAUUCCUGGCCUUUACACAGUUAGAUGAGGAGUAGCUCACCCUUUUUCCUUCUGGAUUCGGCCCAAGUUUGGGCUCCCCCCAGAAAUAUGGGAGUUCUUGGCUUGGGGGAGGAAGACUAGGUCUUGGGAAUUGAGUGGCUGAGGGAACGGACGCUGGUCCUUGGCUGUUUCUUUCUUUUUCUUUCUUUCUUUUUUUUUUUUUUUUGAGAUGGAGUCUUGCUCUGU